AUGGCGAAGCAAGGUGUAGACGUCGCAGUGGCGCUGGUCCUUGUUGCCUUCGCAGCAUUUCCAGCAGUGCACUCCAUCGGCGUCUGCAACGGCGUGCUCGGCAACGACCUGCCGGCGCCGAGCGACGUCGUGAAGCUCUACCAAUCCAAGGGCAUCAACGCCAUGCGGAUCUACGAGCCGGAGGGCAACGUCCUAAAUGCUCUCAGCGGCACGGGCAUCGCCGUCCUCAUGGACGUCGGCAAGGCGCUACCCAGCCUCGCCUCCAGCAGCUCCGCUGCGGCCGCCUGGGUAAAGGCCAACGUCUCCUCCUUCCCGGGCGUCUCCUUCCGCUACAUCGCCGUCGGCAACGAGGUCAUCGACAGCGCCGGCCAGAAGACCAUCCUCCCGGCCAUGAGGAACGUACAAGCGGCGCUCGUGGCCGCCGGCCUCGGCGGCAGCGUCAAGGUGUCGACUUCCGUGCGGUUCGACGUGGUCAAGGACACAUCUCCGCCCUCCAACGGUGUGUUCGCGGACACAUCAUUCAUGGGGCCCAUCCUUGAGUUCCUGGCGAGCACCGGCGCACCGCUGCUGGUCAACGUCUACCCCUACUUCGCCUACGAGAAAGACCCGAAGAACAUCCAGCUCAACUUCGCUACCUUCGUGCCAGGCAGCACCACCGUGAACGACAACGGGCUGACAUACACGAACCUCUUCGACGCCAUGGUCGACUCCAUCUACACCGCGCUGGAGAAAGCCGGCAGACCCGGGGUUAAGGUGGUCAUAUCCGAGAGCGGGUGGCCGUCGGACGAAGGUUUCGGGGCGACGGCGCAGAGCGCGCGUGCGUAUAACCAGGGGUUGAUCAACCAUGUCGGCAACGGCACGCCCAAACGGCCCGGGCCGUUGGAGACGUACAUUUUCGCCAUGUUCAACGAGAACAAGAAGGACGGGGAGAAGAGCGAGAAGCACUUUGGGCUGUUCAAUCCGGACAUGUCGCCGGCCUACUCCAUUACUUUCUGA